CAUGCCGGCGUCUUAAUGCUGCCAGCAGAGGACAAAGAAACUGCCUUUUCUCCGAAGAGCAGAAAAUAUACAUUUGGAGGCUCUGCUCUUCUGCGAGGAGGAAGUCUUAAGAAAGGAAAUCACGUUGGUUUUGUCACCUUUCUGCUCUCCCCAGGCUACUAUGUUGGCAUGUGCUUCGCAGCGCCAGAGAAGCAGCUGUGCAGUUUUUACGAGGCCCCCGACGCCUGGAAAAGCUUCUUUGCCACGGCUGUUCUUGCCCUGACGGUCGCAGGGAUAUUCGCCUAUUACUGGGCCCGGAACGGCUGGAGUAACCACCCCCUGGUCAAGACGCUCUCCACCUACGCUCUCCCGCACUCAGGGUGGAGGGCCGUCGCUUCCUCCAUCAAUACGGAAUUCAGGAGGAUUGACAAGUUUGCGACGGGGGCCCCCGGAGCCCGAGUCAUUGUCACUGACACCUGGAUCCUCAAAGUGACCACCUAUUCUUUGCACGUUGCCCAGCAGCGGGACAUCCACCUGACAGUGGUAGAUUGCAAACAGCACGACCUGUUGCCGGAUUCCAACAUGCCUGUGCAGUUCCUCACCAUCCGCGUGGCCAGCGUGAACCCCAGCGUGAAGCCGUUCGAUAUCCGGCUGAACUCAUCUGAAUAUGGGGAGUUACAAGAAAAGCUCCAUGCCCCAAUCCGUAAUGCUGCAAAUGUGGUCAUCCAUCAGAGCCUGAGCGACAUGUUUCUGGAAACCUUUACCUCUCUGGUGGAGAUGAAUCAGACCUACACUGUUCCAAGCAACCAGGAGCUGGACCUCUGCAUCGGGUGCAUGCAAACCCGGGCCAGCGUCAAGCUGCUGAAGAACUGCCAGGAGCCCCACGAAGGCGAGUGCCAGCCGUGCUUCUGUCGCCCGAUGUGGUGCUUGCUUUGCGUGGGCAAGUGGUUUGCCAGCCAGCAGGACCAGCAGCAUCCAGAGACGUGGCUCUCUAGCCACGUGCCUUGCCCAACCUGCCGAGCCAAAUUCUGCAUCUUGGAUGUCUGCAUGGUGCAGUGAAGGGAGCUGGAGAGAAACGAGGGGAGGAGAGAAAUGGGCCGUCGGCUGGGGGGGUCUUGUUUUUGGUUCCCGGGGGCUUCUUUGCCAAGUUAUCCUAUAGUUCCCCCUCUUGCUUUUUUCCCCCCCUUGUUUGAACUCCCUUUAAUGGCUAUAAUAGAACAGUUGGGAGUGUUUCUACCGACUUGAAGCAGCACUUUGGGGAUUCCACUCAGUUCUACUAAGUCUUGAGUAACGUUCCAGAAUUCUGGCUUUAGAACGCCGAUUACAGGCGAGUAUUCCUUAAAGUGAAAAUGGCUAAUUUCUCUUGAUCAAGGGGUUUGCUGUUUAAGGGUACCGUUCUGUAUUGCCUCCUAAAUCAGUACUGAGUUUGGUGGGUUUUCUGUGCUCUGCCUUAGUAUGAAAUUCAACUUCCGUUUUUCCAAACUUUCUUAUACUGUAAAUAGGAAUUACACUUACAGAGACUUUGAAGUUUCUUUCCUCAUCAGUCAGAUGCUCAUAUACUCCUUGGCUUGGAUUCAGACUAAGUCUGCAAUCCUGUAGUAAUGGAACGAAAGACUGAUCUCACUGGGGCUUAUUCCGUAUAGAGAGGUAUAGGAUUGUAAUCUAAAUUAUUGCAGUGCUGUAGAAGGAUUUUCUCUGCUCAAGAAUACGGAUUUAACAACCAGGGACUCGUGUGAUUAAAAAUCACUUUUUUGACCUUAAAAUACAGUCAUGAGAAAAUAACCUGGCAUUAGGAGAAUUUCUAUACCAAAAUUAACAAUUUGGGAACAUACCCCAUUAUGUUUCUGAAGUAGGCUGAAUGUUGGGCAAAAAAGAGAAUGCGAUCUUUGGCAGGUCUUCAGGUUUUUCUGAUUACUUCCUAACUCGUGUUCACCGAGUGUAUCACUACUUCAGGAUCCUUUGCAAAAGGAAACGGGAGAGAAAGGCGUUAAUAAAUAAAUAAAUAAAUAUUAGUCAACAACUGAGCAUUUGUAAGGGAGGAGAUUAAUUUAAGCUCCUGUUGAUUUUUAAAAUGAACAUAUGGUCAAGCUCGCCCCUUUAAUCUGUUUCUGUUUAUUUCUUACCGUUUGUCCAGACCCUCAAGGCACACGCACACCCCUGCCCAGAACUCCAGUUAUUCUGCCUACAACAGCAACCCUGUGAGGUAGGCUGGCCUGAAAGAUGGUCCACAGUGAGCAUCGGUGGCUGAAGGCAGACUUGAGGUCCCCCCCAGUAUAUCAAGCAAAGUAAAACAUUAAAUCCUUCAAUGCCCCCUUGCUCAACGUGCCAGCACACCCCUGCCCCCCGCUAAGCUCAGGGUAUUGUUCUGGUCUGGUAACGAAGGAGUUCUUCCCCCACCUUCCCCUAUCUUUGAAUGUAUGUCUUUAUUUUUUCUAACGGAAAUCUUUAAGACUUAAAUCUCCAUUCAUUUCAUUCAUCAGAGCCAAAAAUGUCAUGAUGGUGAUGCUUGUGAUUGAAGCUUUGCCCCUUUUCAGUGCGGACCAGCACCGAGAAGAAAGGGGCUGGGUUUUGAAAGCGCAGCUGCCCCCUUGACAUUUUUUGACCCCUUCCUGUGCAUCACCCCCCUCCCCCCCGGGAUAGCAUGAACUUUUUCAAGUUUACUCAGAAGUAAGACUUGUUGAAAGUAAUGAAGUUUAUCCCUCAGCGUGUAUAGGUUUACAGCCUCAGUCCGGAUCCAUCCUGCACGCGUAAAACGUUGAGCCUGCUUUUAAUAGCAGGAUUGUUUGGCAGAGAAACAUCAGAAGGUUUUGUCGGCCCGUUUGUAUUCGGGGGCCCUUUCCUUGCCCACCGCCUCAUUCGCAAAACGGGACUGAUCUUUUCCAACAUUCUCACCAGCCAGAGUAUUUUGAUACGUUAGCCAAGUCAGAUGAUUAUGACUUAUCAGCUCACUUUUUCCAAAUCCAUUUGGGCAGCAGGCUUAACCUGUCGAAUUAAUCGGUUUUCUGGAUUUGCACAACGAAGCCACACCAAAAAACUAACCAAAGCGAAAACCACCCACCCAUAGUAUUUGUAAAUGCAGUGGGUAUGUUUCUGAGUGACCAAGUUAAAACAUUGUACAAAUGCACCUUAUCUUUUGCACUUGGGUUUCCCAACUUUGCAAACAACUUCAAAUCCCAGAAUUCCCCAGUCAGUACAGCCGCUGCUGAGAAUUCUGGGUGAGUCUAGAGGUGGGAAACACGGUGGGAAAUCCUUAACCGGUUCCUUUUUCAACUGCCCUUAGAUCUUUGGGUGGUGUGCUCAGGAGCUUAGUACAAAAGGCAGUUGGGGCUAGGAGAAGCAUUUAAUUGAAAUAGUGAAAUAUAGGUAAUACGAUUAGUGCUCCAUAUUUAGUGAUUUCCCUCCUUCCCUGAGAUUAAAAAUUCCAGUUGAGAAAUAUCUGGAAGGCAUUAUCCAGUAUUAUAUUCACUACCAAAAGGGCCGGUACUAGUAAUCCUUUACUUACGUUCCUACACAUAAUCUGCUAAAUAAAAUUUGCCAUUCUCAUGAGCCCAA